ACCAGAACUCAGACUUUACCCAACAAUGACAAGGUAAGAAAUGACUAGUUUUGAUAUUGAUAAAAAAGAAGUUAAUCUUUUCUGCCGUUUGGGAACAUCAUGUGCGUAUCUUUUGUUACAUACAGAGAUAUUGAUAUUCUGAAAAAAAUAGUAAUUUCUGCAGGAUGACCAUUGUUGUCUUUUUUCUGUUCUAAAGUCAUUGAAGCAAUUGCAUUCAUUUAUUUACCUACAAAUAACAAUCAUCUGCAGCUAUACUUAUUCUAUCAUUGAGCUCUGAGAUGGGGCGUAACUCUGACACGUAUUUCUCUUCUCUUUGCGAUGGGAAACUUGAAUCUAACUGAUUUGAUGGCGCUUUGUUACGUUGCUAGCAAGUUGUCAGUAAUUUAUUGAAUGUUCACUGUGUCGACGAUGGUUUCUAGAUUGAAGAACAAUUUCAGUACAACUCAGUUGAUAUCCGUUCACUGUGUUCUACGUUGUUUUGGAUACAGUAAUCUGCAGUCAAGAGAUACUGUACAUUAAAACUGAUUUGGGUCGCUGUCCAUGGUGCUGAAUAAAUCUUUAUUCUGAUCUCUGUAUUGCUAUUUUUGUGCUGUCUGUGGUGCUGAUUUUGCAGGUUAUUUUCCAUCUCUCAGUGAAUACAUACUAUAGCCAUGAAAAAGAACAUGAACAACAAGACCAAUUUAUUAAACUACAUAUUUCUCAGAUUUGUCUUCUAUGAAUUGUAUACCCGUUGAGCUCAAGUCUUCCAAAAUCAACCCAUAUAUUUUAGUAGUUUAUUCAGCAUAUAUUUUCUCUUUGAUGCCGUUUACUGUAUAGUAUGAUAUAAAACAUAAUGUGUGUGUUUUGGGCCGUAUUUCUGCAUACAAACGUGUCAUGAGAUGUCGCUAGAGACCACGCAACAAUAUCGUGUUCGCUGUUCAGAAACUCCUCCUCCAUGUAUGACAGAAAAGAACACGUCACCAUCUGGCAGUGCUUUGUGGAAAUUGCGUAUAGAUGAGUGAAGCCCUGACGAGAGAGAGGACAGGGAUGGAUACAUAAGAAAGGCUAUUUUUUAUUUUCGUGGAGAGUGCAAAAGGAAAAAAACAGGAUUCGUUGCUUUUGCCUGAACAGCGAUGGCAGCUCAGGAGCAAUGGGAUAAUAUCGGAGGUCUGUUGUUCACUCUGCUUUGUCUCUGCGACUGGUCCGUGGCUCAGAUAUCAUAUUCGAUUUCAGAGGAGGUGGACAAAGGGACCGCGGUGGGAAACCUCGCUAAGGAUUUAAAUCUAAAUGUGCAGCAACUCCAUUCCACGGGACUUCAGAUCACCUCUGGAUACAAAAAAAAGUAUUUUGACAUAAAUCAUGAUUCUGGAGCACUUUUUGUUAAUGAGAGGAUAGAUCGGGAGGAGCUUUGUCCUAAUACGGUAACAUGCUCUUUAAACAUAGAAGCCGUAUUGAGUAACCCUCGCAGACUCCAUCGAAUUGAAGUUGCUAUUAAUGAUGUCAAUGACAAUGCACCGUCUUUUCUGCAAGAAAUAACUACAAUAUAUAUGUCUGAAAAUUCCUAUGUCGGAGAAAGGCAUCCACUGCCGACAGCUUAUGACGCAGACUUAGGUGCUAACUCGGUGAAGACUUACAAAUUAAACUCGAAUGAUCAUUUCUCUUUGGAUGUACAGAACAUUGGUGACCAGAGUGUGUCUGCUGAGUUGGUGCUGCAGAAAGCGUUAGAUCGAGAAAAACAGGCUAUUAUUGAACUCACACUGACUGCAAUAGACGGAGGAAAACCUCCCAAAACGGGGACUUUACAGAUACAAGUUAAUGUACUGGAUGUUAAUGACAAUUCACCCAUGUUCAGUCAAUCUCUUUAUAAGGUCCAAGUUGCUGAAAAUGCAAAUACUGGAACAAAGUUAUUAGCACUGUCAGCUACUGAUUUAGAUGACGGGGUGAAUAGUCAGAUUGUGUACUCGUUCACAGAAACGGGGCGUUUAAAUCCUGAUGACAUAUUUGCCCUGAAUGAUAGUACUGGAGAAAUCACCGUUAGAGGUAAUAUUGAUUAUGAGGAAAAUCAAGCAUAUGAGAUUCGUGUUCAAGCACGAGAUAAAGGCGCUCCUCCCCGCAGUGCACACAGCAAGAUUUUAGUCGAAGUUAUUGAUGUCAAUGAUAAUGCUCCAGAAAUCUCGGUUUCAUCACUCAUGAGUCCAGUGAAAGAGGACGCUGAAAUAGGCACAGCUGUUGCAAUGGUGACUAUCACUGAUAACGAUGGCGGUAAAAACGGUCUGACAAACUGUAAAAUUACAGGCUUUGUGCCAUUUAAAUUAAAAUCUAAUUAUAAAAACUAUUAUUCUUUGCUUGUUGACGGGCCUCUUGACAGAGAGAGUGUUUCCCAGUUUAAUGUAUCAAUAACAGCGUCAGAUGAAGGAACUCCCUCGUUGUCGAGCACAAGCGUCAUUACUGUUCAAGUUUCUGACGUUAAUGACAAUCCUCCUCGAUUCCUGGAGCCUCUCAUCAAUGUUUAUGUGAAAGAGAAUGGCCCAAUAGGAACUACUAUACAUAUACUGACGACACUAGAUUCAGAUUUGAAUGAAAAUGAAAAAGCAACGUACCGCUUAAUAAACAGUUCUCCGAAGGCGACACACAUAGCUUCAAUGGUGAAUAUCAAUUCAGAGACUGGAGACAUAGUCAGUCUGCAGUCUUUUAACUAC